AUGUCCAAAAGCUCGACAGGUCGAGAUGAACGUAUCGGCGACUUUGUCAUCGAGAAUGAGAUCGGUAAAGGAUCCUUUGCCGUCGUCCACAAGGGCUACCGCCUUCAGCCCCGCGAGCCUGUGGCCAUCAAAAUUGUGAUCCGCAAGAAGCUCACGCCUAAGCUGCUCGACAAUCUCGAAGGCGAGAUUGCCAUUCUCAAGGCUAUCCACCAUCCCAACAUUGUUGAACUCAAAGAAUGUCUCAAGACCGAGCACCAGAUCUACCUCGUCAUGGCCUUUUGCGCUUCCGGCGAUCUCGCGCAAUAUAUCAAGAAGCGCUUUGACAUCUACGAACGCGCUGGCAUGGCAGAGCCCGACUCGUUGACCAAAGGGUUUAAGCCUACCUAUCCGCAUCCCGUCGAUGGCGGCCUCAACGAGACCAUCGUCCGCUCCAUCCUGACGCAGCUAGCUGCAGCGCUCGAGUUCAUGCGCGCACGCGACAUUGUUCAUCGCGACAUCAAACCACAGAAUCUCUUGCUGCAACCUCCGGACGCUGCCUUCCUUGCGCUCGGCAACCCUCGCGAAAUUCCUCAGAUGAAGGUGGCCGACUUUGGCUUUGCUCGUCAUCUGAGUGUCAACACUCUCGCAGAGACCCUUUGCGGCUCUCCGCUCUACAUGGCCCCCGAGAUCCUCCGCUUCGAAAAGUACGAUGCCAAAGCAGAUUUAUGGUCCGUCGGCGCUGUGCUCUUUGAGAUGACGGUGGGAAAACCGCCAUUCAGGGCCGCGAACCACGUCGAAUUGCUCAAGCGCAUCGAGAGAGGCGAGGACAAGAUCAAGUUUCCCGACGAAAGGUCUGCAGGCUCCCUCGCCAGAGAAGCCGCGCGCCGACAAGAGCUUGGUGAGGCACCGCUGCCACCACCGCAUCCGGUCUCAGAAGAUGUCAAGAUUCUCAUUCGUCAGCUACUCCGACAACGGCCUGUUAGCCGAAUGAGCUUCGAUGAUUUCUUUGCCAGCCCCGUCAUCAGUGAUUUCAAGGCUUUCAUUCGUCCGCGCGCACAGCCAGAAGCCGUUGAAAGGUACGAAGAUCUACAGAGGAGCGAACGAAGUGUCAUCAUCCCCUCUUCGGGCAUCAAGCAUGUCUCUGUGUCGUCCAUCGAAGCGUCGACUCAGCAACCAGGUGUACAACCACCUGUCAGCACGGCAACAUCUCCACCAGCACUAGAAUCUCGUAGCACACAGGAAGCAAGCCCAAAAGCCAUCACGGGUGAGACAAUUGCUCCCAACAAAACACCACGCGAAGACGCCAGGCCACCUAGGACUUUACCGCGAGCCUUCUCGGCGAAGUAUGUCACCGGUGAACCACCACAGCCAGAGGACCUCGAAAAGCGAGUCCCGCCAACUAUGACGCGAACACCGAGUUCACCUGGGAUUCCGGAGGGUUCUUUGCUUUCUGGCGAACGAGAUGAAGCACCGCAGGCGACCACAGAACAUUUCGGAAGCUCGAAAGGGGGUGAGGAUAGCUUCCUCGGUAAAGAAUACGUCCUGAUCGAGAAACAAUCUGUCGAGGUCAAUGCCUUGGCAGAUGAACUGGCAGCAUCGCCUCAGAGUAGGCUGGGGCUGGCCUCGCGUAGACCAUCGCGCCUGUCGCGCCUCAGUUCCGGUCCACUUCCCAGCGCACCUGGAGCUUCGCCACCCACAGCACCACCCACAAUUCUCAGCUCCAAGCCGAUUCGUAUUGCCAACAAUACCAACACAGCUUCAACAGGAGCGUUUGCGCUGCCUCCAGGUUCAAGGCCAUCGUCGUUUCCACGUCGCGCUAGCCUCUCGUCUUCAGGCUCACCAUCCACCCGCCAAGGUGGCCAAGUGAUCACAAACAUGGAUGCCGUCGCUAGCACGCAAAGCAAUCGCCGAGACGGCAACGCGUCCUCGUUCCCGAAGGACGAAGUCAGCGUGCUUGGACAAAGACUAGCAGGCUUUGGUUUGUCCGGAAGUGGCGUUGGCGGUGGCCCCUCCAGCGCUCUCGCCAAAGCGAUCAGCAUGGCUUCGUUGCGCCUGUUUGGCGUGCCUUCCGGUGUGUCAUUGAGGGACGCUGCAGCACUUGUGCGUACGAGGGCACAGAGGCGCGGUAUUGCGAGAGCUACCGAUUCGUUGGACGAAGCCGAGAUGACUCUGCUCAGCACGCUCGAGGAUUUGGGCCAAAAGGCAUUUGUGCUUUCGGAAUUCGCCGACUCGAAGCUGGCUCACUUUUUCCCAGACGGCCCACACCAGCUCUCGCAAGAGCUUGACUCUUCGACGGCGACAAGCGGCAUUUCGCCAAGUCGAAACAGUGUGCAGGGUUCAGCACGGCGUGUGGGAUCCAUCUCUUCGUCGUCAUCAUCAGCUGUGGAUCCCGUAGCUGCGGAAGCUGCUUCUGCAGAAGCGCUGAUGCUGUACGUGCGCAGUCUCGCCUUUUUGCAACGCGCCAUCACACUCACAAAGAGGCACGUUGAAUCACGCUCGCGGCCCGGGGUACCUGCCGUCACGAGUGCAGAGCUCAACGACGUUGUCCAAUGGCUGCGAGCACGUUUCAACGAAGUGUACGACAAGGCGGACUUUGCGCGUUCACGCUGCAGUGAGCUUCCCGAGUCUGCACAGCAAGUGGACAAACUCAUUUUUGACAAGGCUGUUGAAGUGGCCAGAGCAGCUGCCACCGACGAGCUAGAGAACAACCGAGAAGGCAGCGGGUGGGAUCCGUCGCACUGUCUGUUGGCGUACGAGACGGCAAAUUCGAUGCUCUCUUCGUUGCUGGAUCCAGGCGAGGACGCAAUGAGCCUGAGUGAAGGCAGCAUCCUGAUGAUUGACGGGUACGUCAAGAGCAUCAAUAAGCGUCUCUGGACGUUGCAGGAGCAGUUUGGAGGAGGCGUCGGGGCCGUUGGAGCUGCCGGUGCGAGUCCAGUCGGCGUUGACGCCGAGGCUCGGCCGGGUGUUAGCCGCAGCCGAACCGAGUCUCCCUAG